AUGGUCAGAGAACUUGUGAUCCUAGAGAUGCCUGAGAGGUUAUGGCGGACUGUAGCUGAGUGGCGUGUCACAUGGGGCCCAGUUCAUAUUCAGACUGGUGGGACCCAUGAAAGGGUGGAAAAUGGCUCUGAACCACAAAAGGGCGUUGGAACUGAGCAGGAAAGGGUUAUCAACAACAUAAAUUAUAGGCAUCUCAUCCUUAGACUUGAUGAUUUGCUUAGUGAGGUACAAGGUUGGAUUGAGUUUAAGUGCACAAAAGAUGAACUUGUUGAAGCCACUAGUUUGGUAAAUGAAGCAUUUGAAGCUAACCCUCUAGUAAAUGGUAGGGUUAAGGAGCUUGAGGCUAAGUGUGCCAAGUUUCAAAAGAAAGGUGUCUCUUGGAAGGAUUCAUGUCGACAAGCAAAGAAGAGUGAAACGAAUCUUAGGGAUAAUGUUAGAGAUCUUGAAUAA